CUAUUAUAAAUACCUCAUUCCCUCCCUCUUUCUUUUCUCAAUUCCCACUGCUGCCAUGGAAACCUUACAACAACAUCUAGCCAUUGAGAGCUUUUCCUACAGCUGGUUGAUUAACCUGAAACCCUCCUUUGAUGCCCUAGAUGACACCUUUGUUCUUCCUCUUGACAAUUAUGAUGAUGAAUGUUCAUUCAUUGAAAUGGACCCUAAAAUGGCACACUUGAAAAGUGCCACUGAUCAAACCCAAGAUUUCAACUUCGACUUUGUUGCUGCUCAACCUCUAACCUUGGUCCAUGCUGAUCAGAUCUUCGCCGAUGGCCUACUCAUGCCUCUCCACCUCCUAUCCACUUCCAGGAUACAACGCCCAACGUCUGAUCUUUUCAGUCCCAUUUUAGACCCAAUGGACUCACCUGUCUCUUCGGUUGAAUCCCCGUCGCUGCUUCCAAGUUCCAAGCUCGAACCAGCUUCUCUUCGAAGGCGUAGGAGAUUGUCCAGAGGAAUUUUGUGGAAGUGUCUUGGCUUUUUAAGGCCAUUGUAUCGGAAAGUACGGUGGAGGAGGUUGGGUCAUGGAAUGACAGGUUCGAGGACGAGCUGCACUGAGUCAUUGCAAACAACUCCGAGGACAAGUACAGCUUCUUCCACUAGUGGCUGGUGUCACUCCGAUGAGCGGUCGAUUAAUGAGGCUGUUUUGCAUUGCAAGAGAUCAAUUGGAGAGUUGGCAUUAUAGUUUUUUAUUUUUUGUUCCUUUAAUUCCUCUAGGAAACAAAAGGGUUGGGAGUAGAAGAUUAGUCUGCAGAUACUAAUAAUUUGUUAAAUUUUAGAAUGUAUAAAUAAAUAAGAGGUAUUAAAUUUUGAGAA